GGUGGAAUACCUAGGUCGUGUUUGAGGCCCUCAGGCUGCAACAGUUAGAGACCUGUGACUGGGUCUUUAGCACAUUUGGAGAGCUCACUGGCCUAGAAGGGGCCUGGACACCUUGUGGACCAUUGAGGAGGCUCCCCUGAACCUCGAGGGCACAAGGCUGGGAAGCUCGAUCUGCCCGGCAGGGCUUUUGAAGCCGCCUCUGAAGGGGACUUUGAGCUGCAAGGAUAUGCCUUUGAGGCAGCAAAGGAGCAACUGAGGCCACCUCGGACCAUGCGUGUGGGACUUGUUCAGAACAGAACUCCCCUACCUGCCGAUGCCCCUGUGGCAAAACAGGUCACUGCCCUUCACAGACGCAUAGAAGCCAUCGCAGAGGUGGCUGCAAUGUGUGGAGUGAACAUCAUCUGUUUCCAGGAAGCAUGGACUAUGCCCUUUGCUUUCUGUACGAGAGAGAAGCUCCCUUGGACGGAAUUUGCUGAGUCAGCAGAGGAUGGACCCACCACCAGAUUCUGUCAGAAGCUGGCAAAGAAGCAUGACAUGGUGGUGGUAUCCCCCAUCCUGGAACGAGACAGAGAGCAUGGGGACAUUUUGUGGAACACAGCUGUGGUGAUCUCCAAUUCUGGAGCUGUCCUGGGAAAGACCAGGAAAAAUCACAUCCCCAGAGUGGGUGACUUCAAUGAGUCAACUUACUACAUGGAGGGAAACCUCGGACACCCCGUGUUCCAGACUCAGUUCGGGAGGAUUGCGGUGAACAUUUGCUAUGGGCGGCACCACCCUCUCAACUGGCUCAUGUACAGCAUCAACGGGGCUGAGAUCAUCUUCAACCCCUCAGCCACCAUCGGAGCACUCAGUGAGUCUCUGUGGCCAAUUGAGGCCAGAAACGCAGCCAUUGCAAAUCACUGCUUCACCUGUGCUAUCAACCGCGUGGGCCAGGAGCACUUCCCGAAUGAGUUUACCUCUGGAGAUGGGAAGAAAGCUCACCAGGACUUCGGCUACUUUUAUGGCUCGAGCUACGUGGCAGGCCCGGACAGCAGCCGCACCCCUGGUCUCUCCCGCAAUCGGGACGGGCUGCUGGUUGCCGAGCUUGACCUGAACCUCUGCCGGCAGGUGAAUGACAUCUGGAACUUCAAGAUGACGGGCAGAUAUGAGAUGUACGCUCGGGAACUUGCCGAAGCCAUCAAACCCAACUACAGCCCCAAUAUUGUGAAAGAGUAGCUGGAUGUCAGUCCCUGCCUACCAAGGAGGGGACCUCUGCCCCUAACAGCUCAUCAAGUACAGCAGGCUUUUACACUUUCAAGUUCUCCCUCAUGAUGCCCUGAUAACAUUGCUGUACAGAUUGGUUUUAAAAUGCCCAGGCAGGGAGGGUAGAUUGAAGAGUGACUGCUUAAUGAAUAUGAGGUUUCCUUCCUGGGUGAUGAAAUGUUUUGGGGCUACACAGAGGUGAUGGUUACACUUCUAAUGUACUAAAUGUACUAAAUGUACAUGAAUGUACUAAAUGCCAUUGAAUUGUAUACUUUAAAAUGGCUAAUUCUGUGUUAUAUGAAUUUUACCUAAUUUUAAAAAAUCCCAGGCACUGCUUGUGCAGGUUGACUUGCAUUUAAACACAUGGGAUGCCCCAGUCCUGAGGUUCCUCGCCUCCUCUGUUUAGACUGUCAGCAACCUGAGGGUAAGGGUGGGAGUGUAUGUCCAAGGGAAAAGCCGAGGCUGAUCCAGAGUCCUUGAAUUACUGGGUGGUUGUGGGCAGGGGAGACGGUCAUUAGAUGUGUCCACUUGGCCGGGCUGCAGUCUCCAGAUAUUCAGUCAGAUGCUAAUCUGGGUGUUGCUGUGAAGGUAUUUUGUCGACGUCAUUAAAGUCUGUGACCAGUUAACUAAGCAAGUGAGAUUAUCCGAGAUAAUCCUGAUAGGCCUGAUUCAGUCAGUCAAAAGGCCUUCAGAGGAGAGCUGAGGCUUCCCCAGUGAAAAAGAAAUUCUGCCUGUGGACAGCAGCUUCCUUCCCAGGCCUGUUUGAGUUCCAGUUUGUCCUUCCUGGUGGCCUGCCCUACAGAUUUCAGACUUGUCUGUCCAGCCCCCACAAUCACUUAAGUCAAUGCCUUGCAAUAAAUCUCUUUGAAUAUA